GCUGUCGUAUACCAUACUGAAUAUUGUAUGGCUUUUUCUUAAAUUCCGAUGUGCACAGUAGACUACCAUCGCUUAACUAUCAUCCCUCCGGUACACGCCUGACAUUUAUUGAAGGGCAAACAAGGGAAAGAGGGCCGAAUGUUGUGAGCUGAGUACCGCACAUGACCGAGCAUCGCCACCCGCCGCCCAGCUGCUGCUCGGUCUCUCGCGGCCAGUGUGUGGGCAAUAUAAAGUAAGAUUGGCUGUACGUAAGAGACAGAACAUAUUGCAAGCCACUUAGGCUGGUCUAUCAGAUAACAUGGGAAGACAAGGUGCUGCUACAGCUACUAGCUUGACUCUUUGCCUUACGUGGCUGUGUUGCCAGUGCCACAGCCUUCCUAUCUGUGAGGGUGUAGAAGAUGAGACACCACUCCACCUGCUCUCCACUAAGACAGGAUACUUCAAUGCCCACAAAGAUGGAAGCCAUUGGGAAAAAUACACUGAGGCAGUGCAUGGCUGCUCAGCAAAGCAGGUAUGGCUGCUGGCAAGGCACGGCACACGUUUUCCCACUGCCAAUGACAUGGGACACUUGGUGAAACUGCUGCCACCUCUUAGCCAGAGGAUCAGGGACAAUCAUCGUCAUGACAGAGGCUGCCUUAAGGAACAUGAUGUGUCUCAGCUGACAGAUUGGUUCCCACCCUUUGAGCUGCGUGACAGAGAGCAGUUGCAGGAAAUGGGGCAUGAGGAGAUGGCUUCCAUUGGCACACACUGGCGUGAAUUUCUUCCUGACCUAUUCAAUGUGGAUUUUGACCCCAGCUUGUUCAAGAUUGAUUUUACUGUUAAGAAUCGGACAGAGCAGAGUGCAUACCAUUUUCUGCGAGGCAUGUUUGGGGAGGACACAGUGGGCAACAUUGAACUACCAAAAGCCUACAGCCCCAACUUUAUUUUGAGGUUCUACAAGGCAUGUCCGAGGUGGCUGCGAGAAGUCUACAAGAACAAUGAAACUACCUACAAAGAGCGUUGGCUGUUUACUGAAACAGAACACUUCAAAAAGAUGGUUCAUGCAGUCAGUGCCAGGCUUGGUUUUAUGCAUCCUCUUUCCACAGAUGAGAUGGUGGCAAUGUAUGAUGAGUGUCGCUAUGAAGCAGCUUGGUGGCCACAACGGAAGAGUGCUUGGUGCUCAGCCUUCUCCCACUAUGACUUUGAAGUGAUGGAAUACCAUCAGGACCUGAAGUACUACUAUGAGGACAGCUUUGGCCACCCCUUAAAUCCCAAGACUGCUUGCCAAACCCUCAAUGACAUACGCAAACUGUUUCAGCUCACAGUUCAAAAGGAUGGAGAAGUCAAACCCAGAGGUGUCUUCUACUUCGCUCAUGACAAGACUGUGUUCAAGGUCAUGGCCAGUCUGGGUCUGUUCCGGCCACCCCAGCACCUGCGGCACGACAAUUUUGAGGACAUGAGGAACAGAGUGUGGAGGACCAGCUUCAUCUCGCCCUUCAGUGCCAACCUGGCAUUUGUUCUCUACAAGUGUGAGUCAGAGUACAAGGUUGCCCUCUUCUUCCAAGGGGAGCCAGUACCUGUGGGUGAGGUCUGCCAGGGAACUGUGUGUGCUUGGGAAGAACUGCAGCACUGGCUUAAGGAGAACCAUCUCUCCUGUGACCUCAAUGCCCUCUGUAUGUUGAAGGAUGAACUCUAAUGACAGAGUAAUAGGAUCUUUUGGGACGAGGCCAUUCUAGUUCGAGAGAUUAGCAACACACUGGAAGUAGUGCCUGAAGCUUUGAGACACUGCCAGAUGAAAUCACCUGAGACACCCACAGCAAUGGAAUAGGUUACAGGUGUCCUGAAGCUUUGAGAUACUGCCAGACGAAAUCACCUGAGAUACCCAGAGCAAUGGAAUAGGUUACAGAAGUGUCCACUUCACAGUACUAAUAUAUUAGUGAGAAUACAGUACUAAUGUAUGUAGUGAGAUAACUACAGUACUAAUGCAUGUAGUGAGAUAACUACAGUACUAAUGUAUGUAGUGAGAUAACUACAGUACUAAUGCAUGUAGUGAGAUAACUACAGUACUAAUGUAUGUAGUGAGAUAACUACAGUACUAAUGUAUGUAGUGAGAUAACUACAGUACUAAUGUAUGUAGUGAGAUAACUACAGUACUAAUGUAUGUAGUGAGAUAACUACAGUACUAAUGUAUGUAGUGAGAUAACUACAGUACUAAUGUAUGUAUUAAGACUUCUGCUUGUUACAAAUAAGUUGCAGAAGUGUCCCAUUUUGUAUCUUACUGCAGGAUUGAUGUUUUUAAUUUGAAAAAGUUGUACAUUACUUCUGUGAAUGGACAUAAGUGCCAUCUUCUCAGUACCAUCUUCUCCCUUCCUUAGUAAUAGAACAUGCUACCCCUUAAACCCCAAACUGCAGUUUCAUCUUUUUUAUUCAUUUAUGUUAUUUGUUAAAAAAAAAAAAAAGCUUGUACCUAUAGGAAUUACUACUAAUGGCCUCAGUGGGAUACUAAAGGCCCCACACACAAUCAAUUUUUUUUGUCAGUUAAUUGAUAUCAAUUUAUUGACAUCAAUGAAUUGAUGGAAAAAUUGACAGUGUGUGGGGGACAUUGAUAUCAAUUUAAUUGAAACAAUUUCAUUGAAUCAAUUCAUUGAGAGAUCAAAACCUCUUUGAUAUUUAUUGAUGGGUCUUCAAUAAAAUAAAUCGCAAUGUGAUACUGAGACGCGCAUUUGGAGAAAUGGCUUCUCGCAUGGUAGUAUUUUGUUUGACUAUCAUUGGCAUCACUAAAUUUAGAAGUUUGUCGUAAGAUUCGGCGUCCAUUCUGAGGAAAUUCCUGUAAUCCUCUGGCUCGUCGUCCCAUAAUUCCCUCAGCAAUCGUGUAUGUUCUAGUUCCCUUCGACAGAGAUACCAUUUCUUCGCCCACUUACUCUUCUUUCGCUUUAUAGUGUCCAGAGCAAGCACUAUUCCUAGAGCCAUAGAUGCUUUCAUCUCGAAAUCAUAAAACUGAAAAUUGAAGUAAAAUCAUUGACCAUGUGUGGGCACAGUGAUUGAGGAAAUUUUAUUGACAUCAAUAAAUUGAUAUCAAUUAAUUGACAAAAAAAUUGAUCGUGUGUGGGGGCCUUAAUGCACGUAUCUUGACUUGUAUACAUUUGACUGUUUUGUGUGAUGAUCUAUUCAGUAGCAGAAAUUUGUAUGUGAUCUAAUCCAGUGAUAAUUAUUAUAAUGAUCAGAAACUUUUCCUUUGGAAAUUCCUUGAAUUGGAGUAGUUUUCAAAAUUCUACCAUUGGAAAAAUAGGAUAGUGCCAGGAUGGAGCAUUUUCUCCUCCAUCCUGGCAUUACAAUACCUCAAAGAGUCUCUGGAGAACAUGUAAUACAUUUUUUGAGGUGAAAAAAAAAAAUAAUAAUAAUAAUAAUAAAAACAAUAAAUAUUUAUUUAUUU